AUGGCAGAAGGGGGAGAGGGAGAGGAGGAGAUUCAGUUCCUGCGAACGGAUGACCAGGUCGUACUGCAGUGUACUGCCACCGUCCUGAAGGAGCAGAUUAAGCUCUGUCUGUCCUGUGAGGGCUUCGGGGAUCGUCUCUGCUUCCUUGAAACCACAUCCAACGCUCAGAAUGUGCCCCCGGACCUGGCCAUAUGCAGCUUCAUUCUGGAGCAGUCUCUGUCGGUCCGUGCUCUGCAGGAGAUGUUGGCCAACAGGGUGGAGAUGAUGGACCAGGCAGUCGAUUUGGACAAAUGGUCGUCUCAAGGUGGAGGCCAUCGUACCUUACUGUACGGUCAUGCCAUCCUUCUGAGACACUACCACUCUAGCAUGUACCUGAGCUGUUUGACUACAUCCCGGUCUCUAACGGACAAGCUGGCCUUUGAUGUGGGCUUACAAGAAGACUCCACUGGUGAGGCGUGUUGGUGGACCAUUCAUCCAGCCUCUAAACAAAGGUCUGAGGGUGAGAAGGUCAGGGUGGGUGAUGACCUCAUCCUUGUCAGCGUGUCCUCUGAGAGAUACCUGCACUUAUCCUACGCCAGUGGAGAUCUGAUGGUUGACGCCUCCUUCAUGCAAACACUGUGGAACAUGAACCCAAUCAUGUCUGGCUGCGAGCUAGCCGAGGGGUUUCUGACAGGAGGUCACGUUCUCAGGCUCUUCCACGGCCACAUGGACGAGUGUCUGGCCAUCUCCACACCUGAGGAAGGUGAAGAAAAACGAAGGAUGGCUCACUAUGAAGGCGGCUCUGUGUGCAGUCAAGCGCGAUCCCUGUGGAGGUUGGAGCCUCUCAGAAUCAGCUGGAGUGGUAGCCAUAUGAAGUGGGGGCAAUCUUUCCGUAUUCGCCACAUCACCACAGGCCGGUACCUGUGUCUGGAUGAGGAGAAAGGUCUGUUGGUUGUCGACCCAGAGAGGGCAAACACCAAACUAUCUGCUUUCUGCUUCCGUGUGUCAAAGGAAAAGGUGGAUGUGGCUCAGAAGCGCGAUGUUGAAGGAAUGGGCAUUCCCGAGAUAAAGUAUGGAGAGUCCAUGUGCUUCGUCCAGCAUGUGUCCACCGGCCUGUGGCUCACAUACGCCGCCCUGGAUGCCAAAGCUGCUCGUUUGGGAAUGAUGAAGAGAAACGUCAUUCUGCACCAAGAGGGUCAUAUGGAUGAUGCUCUAACGGUGUCCCGCUCCCAAACGGAAGAGUCCCAGGCUGCUCGAAUGAUUUACAGCACUGCGGGCCUCUUCAGGCAGUUCAUCAAGGGUUUGGACUCUCUGGGUGGGAAGAACAAGUCACCAGGGGCCGUGUCACUUCCUCUAGAGGGGGUCAUCCUCUCUCUUCAGGAUCUCAUCUUCUACUUCCGUCCUCCCGAGGAAGAGCUGGAGCACGAGGAGAAGCAGACCAAACUCCGCUCGCUCCGCAACAGGCAGAACCUCUUCCAAGAGGAGGGAAUGAUCACCAUCGUGCUGGAGUGCAUCGACCGCCUGAAUGUCUACAACACUGCUGCCCACUUUUCUGAAUUUGCUGGGGAAGAAGCUGCCGAGUCCUGGAAGGAAAUCGUCAACCUGCUUUAUGAGCUGCUGGCUUCUCUGAUUAGAGGAAACCGCUCUAACUGUGCGUUGUUUUGUGACAACCUGGACUGGCUGGUCAGCAAGCUGGAUCGACUGGAGGCCUCUUCAGGUAUUCUUGAGGUGCUGUACUGUGUGCUCAUUGAAAGCCCUGAAGUUCUGAACAUCAUUCAGGAGAACCACAUUAAGUCCAUCAUCUCUCUCCUGGACAAGCAUGGAAGGAACCACAAGGUCCUGGAUGUCUUGCGCUCUCUUUGUGUGUGUAAUGGUGUCGCUGUGAGGUCCAACCAGAAUCUCAUCACUGAAAACCUGCUUCCAGGUCGCGACCUUUUGCUGCAGACUAACAUUGUAAACUAUGUCACCAGUGUAAGACCCAACAUCUUCCUGGGUACAUGCGAGGGGUCUACGCAGUAUAAGAAGUGGUACUUUGAGAUGAUGGUAGACUAUGUGGAACCCUUUGUGACGGCGCAGGCUACCCACCUCCGCGUGGGCUGGGCUAUGACUGAGGGCUACAGCCCCUACCCAGGAGGGGGAGAGGGCUGGGGGGGCAACGGUGUGGGAGAUGACCUCUACUCUUAUGGCUUCGAUGGACUGCAUCUAUGGUCAGGUACCGUACCCCGCCAGGUGGCUUCGCCUGACGCACACAACCUCGCCGCAGACGAUGUUGUCAGCUGCUGUCUGGAUCUGAGCGUGCCGAGUAUUUCCUUCCGUAUAAACGGCCACCCAGUUCAGGGCAUGUUUGAAAACUUCAAUGUGGAUGGCCUCUUCUUCCCUGUCAUCAGCUUCUCAGCUGGAGUCAAGGCUCGCUUCCUCCUUGGUGGUCGUCAUGGAGACUUUAAGUUCAUGGCCCCGCCUGGCUACGCCCCAUGCUAUGAGGCCCUGCUGCCCAGAGACAGGAUGCGCAUUGAACCCAUCAAGGAGUACAAGCAUGACUUUCAUGGGGUGCGCAACCUGCUGGGUCCAACCCUGUCCCUCACCCACACCUCCUUCACCCCCUGUCCCGUUGACACUGUUCAGAUUGUGUUGCCGCCCCACUUGGAGCGUAUCCGAGAAAAGCUGGCAGAAAAUAUUCACGAGCUCUGGGCUAUCACCCGUAUUGAGCAGGGCUGGACCUAUGGGUCUUUCAGGGAUGACAACAAGAAACUCCAUCCUUGUCUGGUGGACUUCCAGAGUCUCCCUGAACCGGAGAGGAACUACAACCUGCAGAUGUCCGGCGAGACUCUAAAGACUCUGUUGGCCCUGGGUUGCCAUGUUGGUAUGGGUGAUGAGAAAGCAGAGGAGAAUCUCAAGAAGAUCAAGCUGCCCAAGACGUAUGUGAUGAGCAACGGAUACAAGCCUGCCCCCCUUGACCUCAACCAUGUCAAACUGACACCAAACCAGAACCAGCUGGUGGAAAAACUGGCAGAAAAUGGGCAUAAUGUUUGGGCAAGGGACCGUGUAAGGCAAGGAUGGACCUACAGUAUUGUGCAGGACAUCUUAAAUAAGCGAAACCCUCGUCUGGUGCCAUACAACCUGCUGGACGAGAGAACUAAGAAAACCAACCGAGACAGUGUUAACAACGCUGUCCGCACACUCAUUGGUUACGGCUACAACAUUGAGCCUCCAGAUCAGGAGAGCUCUGGCCAUGGCCUCGAGAACACCCGCGGGGACAAAGUACGAAUCUUCAGGGCAGAGAGGUCGUACGCUGUCACCCAAGGGAAGUGGUACUUUGAGUUUGAGGCAGUGACAACAGGGGAGAUGAGAGUGGGCUGGGCUCGUCCCAGUGUGCGCUCCGACAAUGAGCUGGGAGCAGAUGAACUGGCCUACGUCUUUAACGGCAACAAGGCUCAAAGGUGGCAUGUCGGCAACGACCCCUUCGGUCGCCAGUGGCUGUCCGGUGAUGUUGUUGGUUGUAUGAUUGACCUGACGGAGAUGAACAUCAUGUUCACACUCAAUGGAGAGAUGCUGAUCAGUGACUCGGGCUCGGAGAUGGCUUUCAAAGACAUUGAAAUCGGAGAAGGUUUUAUCCCUGUGUGCGCCCUGGGCCUGUCACAGGUUGGAAGGAUUAAUCUUGGUCAGAAUGUCAGCAGCCUUCGUUAUUUUGCCAUCUGUGGCUUACAGGAAGGAUUUGAACCUUUUGCCAUCAAUAUGAAGCGAGACAUUACCAUGUGGUUCAGUAAAAGUCUGCCCCAGUUUGUGCCUGCACCCACUGAUCACAAUCAUAUUGAGGUCUCCAGAGUAGAUGGGACUGUGGACAGCGCCCCAUGUUUAAAGCUCACCCAUAAGACAUUCGGCUCGCAGAACGCAAAUACCGAUAUGUUGUUCCUGAGACUCAGCAUGCCGGUCCAGUUCCACGAGACCUUCAAGUUCCCGGCGGGCACCACCCCUCUUACCCGGGCCCUCACCAUACCAGAGGAGGAAGUGAUAGUGGUGGAGCCCGACUCAGAGUUUGAAGUCCUGAAAAAGUCUGCCAGCCGCAAGGAGCAGGAGGAGGAUAAGAAGGAGCCGUCUGUAGCCAAGGAGCUGUCGCUGGAAAAUGAGAAGGACACCAUGUCGGAAAAGGGAAAGAAAAAGGGAUUCUUCUCUAAGGCCAAGAAGGUAGCCAUGACACCUCUUGCCCCUCCUCCUGCCCCUCCAACUGUGCCUCGCUUGGUGGAAGAUGUGGUCCCCGAUGACAGAGAUGACCCAGAGAUCAUCCAGAAUACCACCACUUAUUUCUAUUCGGUGAGGAUAUUUGCUGGACAGGAGCCUUCUGGUGUGUGGAUUGGCUGGGUCACUCCUGACUACCAUCAGUAUGAUCCAUCCUUUGACCUCUCCAAAGUGCGCAGCGUCACUGUUACCGUGGGAGACGACCGAGGCAACAUACACGACAGCAUGAAGCACAGUAACUGCUACAUGGUGUGGGGAGGGGACCUGGUCAGCACGCAGCAGACCCGCUUCAGCCAGGAGGACAUGGUGGUUGGCUGUUUGGUCGACCUGGCGACAGGACUCAUGACCUUCACAGCAAAUGGAAAGGAGAUAAACACCUUUUACCAGGUGGAGCCAAACACCAAGCUGUUUCCUGCCGUCUUCGUUCAGCCCACCAAUCAGAACCUUGUGCAGCUGGAGCUGGGCAAACUCAAGAACAUAAUGCCGAUCUCAGCAGCCAUGUUCCGCAGCGAACGCAACAACCCCGUCCCCCAGUGUCCCCCAAGGCUGGAUGUCCAGAUGCUGACCCCAGUCAUCUGGAGUCGUAUGCCCAAUCACUUCCUUAACCCGGAAGUGGGCAAAGUGAGCGAGAGGCUGGGCUGGAUGGUGGAGUGUACUGAACCUCUCAUCAUGAUGGCUCUGCACAUCCCUGAGGAGAACAGGUGCAUAGACAUCUUGGAGUUAUCAGAGCGUCUGGAUCUGAUGAAGUUCCACUACCACACCCUCAUGCUCUACUGUGCUGUUUGUGCACUUGGGAAUAACCGUGUGGCUCAUGCCCUGUGCAGCCAUGUGGAUGAAUCCCAGCUUUUCUAUGCCACCGAGAACACCUACCUGCCCGGACCUCUCCGCAGUGGCUACUACGACCUGCUCAUCAGUAUUCACCUUGAGUCUGCAAAGCGGGCACGCCUUGGCACCAACAGAGAGUUUAUAGUCCCCAUGUCUCAGGAGACUCUGAGCAUCCACCUCUAUCCUGACGCUAAGAAGGCCCAUUCUCUCCCCGGUGUUGGCCUCACUACCUGCUUACGCCCCAAGCUACAUUUCUCCUCCAUCAACUUUGUUGGCACGGACCCUGACCUGUAUACCAUCAGCCCCGUUUUCCCCCUGCAGGAGCUGAAGACCAGGGCGAUCAGCAUGUUAACUGAAGCUGUGUUGGAUGGUAGCCAGGCGAUGCGGGAUCCAGUCGGAGGCAGUGUGGAGUUCCACUUUGUCCCAAUCCUGAAGCUUAUAAGCACACUGCUCAUAAUGGGCAUCUUCAACGACGAGGACACCAAGCACAUCCUGAAGAUGAUCGAUCCGAGUGUUUUCAGUGGGAAAGAGGAGGAGGCAGCUGAAGAGGGAGGAGCCGCCGAAGGAGAGGGCGGAGAAGCAGAGGAGGAGGAAAAAGACGAGGACGCCGAGACGGAGCCGGAGGACGAAGGGGUUGGCGACGAGGAAGACGAGGAGCUGAAAGAAGCAGAGAAGGCAGAACACGAGGAGGAAGACGCCGAGGCUCAGGAGGAGGGAAAAGAAGGGGAGAAGGAGGAGGGAGAGGCCAAAGGAGGAAAAGUGGACGGAGAGAAGGCGGAGGAGGAGAAGGAGGCAGAGGCAGUGGAGGCAGAAGCAAAAGAAGAGGAGGAGGGUCCUGAAGAGGGACUACUCCAGAUGAAGCUGCCAGAAUCUGUCAAGCUGCAGAUGUGCACACUCUUGCAGUACUUCUGCGACUGUGAGCUACGUCACAGAGUGGAGGCUAUUGUAGCCUACUCCGACCAGUUCGUCCAUAACGUUCAGGACAACCAACGUGUUCGUUACAACCUGUUGAUGAGAGCCUUCACCAUGUCCGCUGCUGAGACUGCGCGAAGGACCCGCGAGUUCCGUUCACCACCACAAGACCAGGUUCUUUUGCUGACAAACUUCAAGCAUUGUCCAGAGGAUGAGGAUUGUCCCGUGCCUGAGGAGGUGCGAGACACUCUGGGAGAGUUCCACGUUGACCUCCUGCUUCACUGUGGUAUACAUAUUGAGGAGGAGGCCGAGGAGGAGGAGGUGGAUACCUCACUGAGGGGCAGACUCCUCAGUCUGGUCGACAAGGUCAAGAACUUUCGCAAAAAGAAUCAGGCGGAGGAGGAGCAGCCGGAGGUCGAGGAGGAAUCAAAACCAAGCACCCUCCAGGAGCUGAUCUCCCACACCAUGAUCCACUGGGCCCAGGAGUCAUUCAUUCAGAACCCUGAGCUCGUGCGUCUGAUGUUCAGCCUGCUCCACCGGCAGUACGACGGCCUCGGGGAGCUGAUCCGAGCGCUGCCCAAAGCCUACGCCAUCAACGCCAUAUCUGUUCAGGACACCAUGGACCUGCUUGAGUGUUUGGGACAGAUACGUUCACUGCUCAUUGUUCAGAUGGGCCCAGAAGAGGAGAGACUCAUGAUCCAGAGCAUCGGGAACAUCAUGAACAACAAGGUGUUCUACCAACAUCCUAAUCUGAUGAGAGCUCUUGGUAUGCACGAGACCGUCAUGGAGGUGAUGGUCAAUGUGUUAGGUGGUGGAGGAGACUCAAAGGAGAUUCGAUUCCCCCAAAUGGUGACCAACUGCUGUCGCUUCCUGUGUUACUUCUGUCGUAUCAGCCGACAGAAUCAGCGCUCCAUGUUUGACCAUCUGAGCUACCUGCUACAGAACAGUGGCAUCGGCUUGGGCAUGCGUGGGUCCACACCUCUGGAUGUGGCUGCAGCUUCCUGCAUUGAUAACAAUGAGCUGGCCUUGGCGCUACAAGAGCAGGACCUGGAAAUGGUGGUGACAUACUUGGCUGGCUGUGGACUGCAGAUGUGUCCAAUGCUCCUUUCUAAAGGUUACCCUGACAUCGGCUGGAACCCUUGUGGAGGAGAGAGAUACCUGGACUUCCUCCGCUUUGCUGUCUUUGUUAAUGGAGAGAGCGUGGAGGAGAAUGCCAAUGUUGUCGUGCGUCUGCUCAUCCGUCGGCCGGAGUGCUUCGGCCCAGCCCUGAGAGGAGAGGGUGGUAAUGGUCUGCUGGCUGCCAUGGAGGAGGCCAUCAAGAUCUCAGAGGACCCGGCAAGAGACGGGCCCACUGUCAAAAAAGACAGGCGCUUCAUGUUUGGUGGUGAGGAACAGCACGAGGAAAACCGUGUACAUCUGGGAAAUGCCAUCAUGUCGUUCUACUCAGCCCUCAUUGAUUUGCUGGGUCGCUGUGCCCCUGAGAUGCACCUGAUCCAAGCAGGCAAGGGUGAGGCUUUAAGGAUCAGGGCCAUCCUGAGGUCUCUGGUGCCCAUAGAGGACCUGGUGGGAGUCAUCAGCUUGCCUGUGCAGAUUCCUGCUUAUGGCAAAGACAGUCAGAUUAUUGAGCCAAAGAUGUCUGCCAGUUUUGUGCCGGACCACAAGGCCUCCAUGGUGCUGUUCCUUGACAGAGUGUAUGGGAUUGACAACCAGGACUUCUUGCUUCAUGUGCUGGAGGUUGGAUUCCUUCCUGACAUGCGAGCUUCAGCUUCUCUGGACACAGCUGCAUUCAGUACAACUGAAAUGGCCUUGGCGCUGAACCGCUACCUCUGUUCAGCUGUGUUGCCUCUACUCACCAAGUGUGCCCCAUUGUUUGCUGGGACUGACCACCGGGCCAUCAUGAUCGACUCCAUGCUCCACACCAUCUAUCGUUUGUCCCGUGGCCGAGCCCUUACCAAGGCUCAGAGGGACGUCAUUGAGGAGUGCCUCAUGUCGCUUUGCAAGUAUCUUCGACCCUCCAUGCUGCAGCAUCUGCUCAGACGCCUUGUAUUUGAUGUGCCCAUCCUUAAUGAAUAUGCAAAGAUGCCUCUCAAGUUGUUGACGAAUCACUAUGAGCGCUGUUGGAAGUACUACUGCUUGCCUAAUGGAUGGGCUAAUUUCGGGGUGACCUCAGAGGAGGAGCUGCAUCUUUCUCGUAAACUCUUUUGGGGAAUCUUUGAGUCUUUGGCACACAAGAAAUUCGAUGCUGAGCUCUUCAAGAUCGCCAUGCCUUGCCUCUGUGCUAUAGCAGGAGCCAUACCACCCGACUAUGUGGAUGCCACUUACUCCUCUCACACUGAGAAGAAAGCUUCUGUUGAUGCUGAGGGCAACUUUGAUCCCAAACCAGUGGAGACCACCAACACCAUCAUCCCUGAGAGGCUGGACGCCUUCAUUAACAAGUUUGCAGAGCACACCCAUGACAGAUGGGCUUUUGAAAAGAUUCAGAACAACUGGACCUAUGGAGAGGUGUUAGAUGAGAACGCUAAGACUCACCCGAUGCUCAGGCCUUAUAAAACCUUCUCUGAAAAGGACAAGGAAAUAUACCGUUGGCCAAUCAAAGAAUCCGUCAAAGCCAUGCUGGCCUGGGAGUGGACCUUGGACAAAGCCAGGGAUGGGGAGGGAGAAGUGGAGAAGAAGGCCACGACCCGCAAGAUCUCCCAAACUGCUCAGGCCACAUAUGAUCCCAGUCACGGAUACAACCCCCAGCCCAUAGACAUCGGAGGAAUGGCCAUAUCCAGAGAGCUGCAGUCUAUGGCUGAGCAGCUGGCUGAGAACUAUCACAACACCUGGGGCAGGAAGAAGAAGUUGGAGCUACAGUCCAAAGGCGGUGGCACCCAUCCUUUGCUUGUGCCUUAUGACACCCUGACGGCUAAAGAGAAGGCCAGGGACAGAGAGAAAGCCCAGGACCUGCUCAAAUUCCUCCAGCUCAAUGGAUAUGCUGUGACAAGGGGCCUGAAGGACAUGGAGCAGGAUAUUUCCUCCAUUGAGAAGCGUUUCGCCUAUGGCUUCCUUCAAAAGCUUCUGAAAUGGAUGGACAUCGCCCAGGAGUUCAUUGCUCAUCUUGAGGCUGUGGUUAGCAGUGGUCGAGUGGAAAAGUCCCCACAUGAGCAAGAGAUCAAAUUCUUUGCCAAGAUCCUGUUGCCCCUGGUAAACCAGUACUUCAAGAACCACUGCCUCUACUUCCUCUCCACUCCUGCUAAAGUUUUGGGUAGUGGAGGGCAUUCUUCCAACAAGGAGAAGGAGAUGAUUGCCAGUAUCUUCUGUAAGUUGGCUGCUUUGGUGAGGCACAGAGUUUCCCUUUUUGGAACUGAUGCAAGUGCAGUGGUUAACUGCCUGCACAUCCUCUCACGAUCACUGGAUGCCAGGACUGUCAUGAAAUCAGGCCCUGAAAUUGUCAAGGCCGGCCUGCGUCAGUUCUUUGAAAGUGCUGCCGAUGACAUUGAAAAGAUGGUUGAGAAUUUGAAACUGGGCAAAGUGUCAAGUCGAAACCAGGUAAAGGGUGUGUCCCAGAACAUCAACUACACCACCGUUGCCCUGAUGCCAGUCCUCACGUCUCUGUUUGACCAUAUCGCCCAGCACCAGUUUGGAGAUGAUGUCAUAUUGGACGACUUGCAAAUAUCCUGCUAUCGUCUAAUGUGCAGUAUCUAUUCUCUGGGCACAGUGAAGACUCCACAUGCAGAGCAACAGCGACCAGCUCUUGGCGAGUGCUUGGCUCACUUAGCAGCUGCUAUGCCAGUGGCCUACCUUGAGCCAGAACUAAAUGAGUUCAACUCAUUUUCUGUCUACACCACCAAGACUCCUAGAGAGAGAACCAUUUUGGGUCUUCCCAACCAUGUCGAGGAGCUUUGCACUGACAUCCCAGUGCUGGAGGUCCUGAUGAAGGAGAUCCAUGACCUGGCUGAGUCUGGGGCUCGCUACACAGAAAUGCCCCAUGUGAUUGAGAUCACCCUGCCCAUGUUGUGUAACUACCUCCCGCGCUGGUGGGAGAGGGGCUUUGAGAAUUUCCCUGAUCAGGAUGGUCAGCUCUGCACCUCGGUCACCUCUGAGCAGCUCAACCAUCUGCUGGGUAGCAUCAUGAAGAUUGUGGUCAACAACCUGGGUAUAGAUGAGGCCUCCUGGAUGAAGAGAUUGGCAGUGUUCGCCCAGCCCAUUGUCAGCAGGGCUAAACCAGAGAUGCUUAAAUCACACUUCAUCCCCACCAUGGAAAAGCUGAAGAAGCGCUCUGGGAAGGUGGUGGCGGAGGAGGAUCAGCUGCGCAUGGAGGGCAAGACAGAGGUUGAUAGUGAGAAUGGAACCAUCAGGGAUGAGUUUGCUGUGCUCUGUCGGGACCUGUACGCUCUCUACCCAUUGCUCAUCCGCUACGUGGACAAUAACAGGGCAAGAUGGUUGACUUGUCCAGACCCAGAUGCAGAGGAACUUUUCAGGAUGGUUGGAGAGGUCUUUAUUUUCUGGUCUAAAUCCCAUAACUUCAAACGAGAGGAGCAGAACUUUGUGGUGAUGAAUGAAAUCAACAACAUGUCCUUUCUGACUGCAGACAGUAAGAGCAAGAUGAGCAAGGCCGGAGACGGAGAGUCUGGAGGCUCAGAGCAGGAGCGUACCAAGAAGAAGCGGCGGGGGGAUCGCUACUCUGUGCAGACCUCGCUCAUCGUAGCAGCAUUAAAGAAGCUGCUUCCCAUCGGCCUCAAUAUGUGCUCUCCUGCAGACCAGGAGCUCAUCAAUCUCGCAAAGAUCAGAUACUCACUGAAAGACACAGAUGAAGAGGUGAGGGAGUUUUUGCACAACAAUCUUCAUCUGCAAGGCAAGGUGGAGGACCCAGCCAUGCGCUGGCAGAUGUCUCUUUACAAAGAGAUGUCUGGUAAGGCCGAAGAUGCUGAGGACCCUGAGAAGGUGGUGAAAAGGGUUCAAGAGGUGUCGGCUGUCCUUUACCACAUUGAAGUGACUGAGCAUCCCUACAAGUCAAAGAAAAUGGUAUGGCACAAGCUGCUGUCCAAACAGCGUCGCAGGGCUGUGGUGGCCUGUUUCAGGAUGACGCCCCUGUACAACAUCCCCAGGCACAGGGCGACCAACAUGUUUUUGGACGCUUACAAGCGCAACUGGUUAGAGACCGAAGGUUACUCAUUUGAAGACAAGAUGAUUGAUGACUUAUCCAAAGCCUUGGAGGAAGAGGAGGAAGAGGAAGAGGAGACUGAGACGAAGCCUGACCCCCUUCAUCAGCUGAUUCUUCAUUUCAGCCGAACAGCUCUGACAGAGAAGCUUAAACUCGACGUUGACCAUCUCUAUAUGUCGUAUGCUGAUAUCAUGGCAAAGAGCUGUCACAUUGGUGAGGAGGACGAAGGGGGAGAUCAGGAGGGGGAGGAGCCAUCCUUUGAGGUGCGGCAGACAGAGAUGGAAAAGGAGAUGGAGAAACAGAGGCUUCUGUACCAGCAGUCCCGUCUACACAACCGUGGAGGUUCAGAGAUGGUGCUGCAGAUGAUAAGCGCCUGUAAAGGCGAGCCUGGAGCCAUGGUUUCUUCCACACUCAAACUGGGAAUCUCCAUCCUCAAUGGAGGCAACUGUGAUGUACAGCAGAAAAUGCUGGACUAUCUGAAGGAUAAAAAGGAUGUGGGAUUUUUCCUUAGCGUUCAGGCUCUUAUGCAGACCUGCAGCGUUUUGGACCUGAAUGCUUUUGAGAGACAGAACAAGGCCGAGGGCCUUGGGAUGGUUUCAGAGGAGGGCACCAAUAAGAAGCUAGAACGUGAUGAGAAAGUGAUGGCGGACGAUGAAUUUACGUGUGACCUCUUCCGUUUCCUCCAGCUUCUUUGUGAGGGUCAUAAUAACGAUUUCCAGAACUACCUGAGAACACAGACAGGCAGCACCACUACCAUCAAUGUGAUCAUCUGCACUGUGGACUACCUUCUUCGACUACAGGAGUCGAUCAGCGACUUUUACUGGUACUACUCAGGAAAAGACAUCAUCGAUGAGCCUGGGAAGAGGAACUUCUCCAAAGCAAUGACUGUGGCCAAACAGGUCUUCAACAGCUUGACUGAAUAUAUCCAGGGUCCGUGCACCGGUAACCAGCAGUCUCUGGCUCACAGCAGGCUGUGGGACGCUGUUGUCGGCUUCCUGCACGUCUUUGCUCAUAUGAUGAUGAAACUUGCUCAGAUGCAUCCCGAUCCAGGAGAACGAAAUGGCGAUCAUUUUUGGAGUAGAGCACACUCUGAGGACUCCAGUCAAAUUGGACUAUUGAAGGAGCUGUUGGAUCUGCAGAAGGACAUGGUAGUGAUGCUUCUGUCUCUGCUUGAAGGCAAUGUGGUGAAUGGCACCAUUGCGAGGCAGAUGGUUGACAUGUUGGUGGAGUCCUCCAGCAACGUGGAAAUGAUCCUGAAAUUCUUUGACAUGUUCCUCAAGCAAGACAUAGUGGCUUCUGACGCCUUCAGAGACUAUGUGACCGACCCUCGUGGGCUAAUUUCCAAGAAGGACUUCUCCAAGGCCAUGGACAGCCAGAAGCAAUAUUCCCCCUCGGAAAUCCAGUUCCUGCUCUCCUGCUCGGAGGCCGACGAGAACGAAAUGAUCAACUUUGAGGAGUUUGCCGACCGUUUCCAGGAGCCAGCCAAAGAUAUUGGUUUCAACAUCGCUGUUCUGCUCACAAACUUGUCAGAGCACGUUCCCCACGACACUCGCCUUCAGAACUUCCUGGAGCAGGCGGAGAGCGUGCUCAACUACUUCCGCCCUUUCCUCGGUCGCAUUGAGAUCAUGGGAGCCAGCAGGAAGAUCGAGCGCAUCUACUUUGAAAUCAGCGAGGCGAACAGAAACCAGUGGGAAAUGCCGCAAGUCCGAGAGUCCAAACGGCAGUUCAUCUUCGACGUGGUCAAUGAGGGCGGCGAGAGUGAGAAAAUGGAGAUGUUUGUGAACUUCUGCGAAGACACCAUCUUUGAGAUGAACAUUGCCGCGUCGAUUUCCGAGCCGGAGGGAGAAGGUGCAGAAGAAGAAGACGACGAGGAGGAAGAGGAGGGUAAGGGAGAUGAAGGAGAGGCCGUAGAAGGCGAAGAGGGCAACGGAGAAGGCGAAGCUCCAGAGUCGACCUCGGCCUUUGCAGACUUUUUGAAGAGUGUGGCCGACUUCUUCAACAUGUUCACCUGUAACCUGCGGCGACGGUACCGCAAACUACGUAAAAUGACGGUGAAGGAGAUGGUGAUCGGACUGGCUACGUUCAUUUACACCAUCGUGAUGGGUAUCCUGAUGUUCGUUUACAGCAUAUGUAAGGGCUUCUUCACUCUCAUAUGGAAGGUGCUGUUCGGUGGAGGCUUAGUGGAGGGCGCCAAGAAGAUGACUGUGACAGAAAUCCUAGCCAGUAUGCCAGAUCCAACGCAGGAUGAAGUCCACGGAGACCUGCCACCUGAACCGGGAGCUAGAGAGGACCAAGACGCAGAUGGAGGGGUGGACUUGUUAGAUGCUGUGGGAGGAGAAGAGGAAGAGGAGGAAGGCGAGGACAGGGAAGGUGGACGCCUGCCUGGUAUCAAUACUCCCGGGGGACUUGGAGACUUUGGUGAGACGACGCCUGAAGAGCCCCCAACUCCAGAGGGAACACCGCUGCUGAAGAGAAAACUGUUGGCUGCUACAACAGAGGGACAAGGAGAGGAAGACCAACCCGCAACUGAAGAGGAGGCCCCUCCAGAGACUGAGAAGGCAGACACUGAAAAUGGAGAGAAGACGGAGAAGGCAGAGCCUGAACCUGAACCUGAGGCAAAGGUGGAAGAGCCCGAGGAGAUCGAGGAGAAGACUGUGAAGACCAAGGCGAAGAAGGACAAGAAACAUGCAGAGGAGGGCUUUGAGCUGUGGAAUGAACUCGAGGUUCAAAGGAUUAAGUUCAUGAACUACCUUUCUCGCAAUUUCUACAACCUUCGAUUCUUGGCUCUGUUCAUCUCCUUCGCUCUCAAUUUCAUCCUGCUCUUCUACAAGGUGUCCGACAGUCCUCCAGGCGAGGAGGACUAUGAGGCUUCUGGUCUGUUUGAGGGCUCUGGCCUGUUUGAAGGCUCUGGUGGUGAGGAGGAUGGAUCUGGACUGGACGAUGCAGGGGGAGAAGAUGAGGAUGAAGAAGGUCCCAUGUACUACUUCCUUGAAGAGAGCACAGGCUACAUGGAGCCGUCCAUGUCUUUCUUCGCUAUCAUCCACACCCUCAUCUCCGUCCUCUGCAUCAUUGGAUACAACUGCCUCAAGGUCCCUCUGGUUAUCUUCAAGAGAGAGAAGGAACUGGCCAGAAAGCUGGAGUUUGAUGGUCUUUAUGUCACUGAGCAGCCUGAAGACGACGACAUCAAGGGCCAGUGGGACAGGCUGGUGCUAAACACUCCGAGUUUCCCAAACAACUACUGGGACAAGUUUGUGAAAAGAAAGGUGCUGGAUAAAUAUGGUGACAUCUACGGCAGAGAGAGGAUUGCUGAGUUGCUUGGUAUGGACUUGGUUUCGCUGGACGUCAGUGCCAUGACGCAUGAAAAGAAGCCUGAGCCAGACACCUCAAUGUUCAGCUGGAUUACAUCUAUUGACAUCAAGUACCAGAUCUGGAAGUUUGGUGUUGUUUUCACUGAUAAUACCUUCCUCUACCUGGUUUGGUACAUGUUGAUGUCCCUGCUCGGACACUACAACAACUUCUUCUACGCCUGCCAUCUUCUGGACAUCGCCAUGGGUGUGAAAACCCUGCGCACCAUUCUGUCUUCUGUGACUCACAACGGGAAACAGCUGAUGAUGACGGUGGGUUUGCUGGCUGUAGUGGUCUACCUGUACACCGUUGUAGCCUUUAACUUCUUCCGCAAGUUCUACAACAUGAGUGAGGAUGAAGACGAGCCGGACAUGAAGUGUGACGACAUGAUGACUUGUUACCUGUUCCACAUGUAUGUUGGCGUGCGUGCUGGUGGAGGCAUUGGAGAUGAAAUUGAGGACCCGGCCGGGGAUGAAUACGAGCUCUACCGAGUCGUCUUUGACAUCACUUUCUUCUUCUUUGUCAUCGUCAUCCUGCUGGCUAUCAUCCAGGGUCUGAUCAUUGAUGCCUUUGGAGAGCUGAGAGACCAGCAGGAGCAGGUCAGAGAGGACAUGGAGACAAAGUGUUUCAUCUGCGGAAUAGGAAGUGACUACUUUGACACGACACCGCACGGCUUUGAAACACACACCCUAGAAGAACAUAACUUAGCCAACUACAUGUUCUUCUUGAUGUAUCUCAUCAAUAAAGAUGAAACAGAACACACAGGACAGGAGUCGUAUGUGUGGAAGAUGUACCAGGAGCGAUGCUGGGACUUCUACCCUGCUGGAGACUGCUUCAGGAAGCAGUAUGAGGAUCAGCUGGGAUAAAGCCCUGCAUCGUUUUAUCUGCGUCUGAAGAGAGAGAGAGAGAGAGAGAGAGAGAGGGGCGAGGAGAGGAGAGGAGGGACAUUCAGAGAGAGGACGGAUUAGACACUUGUAUAUUGAACACAUCUAUUGCCUUAGUUUUUCCCCCUUUGUCUGCACAUUUCUCUCUCCUCUGUUGAAGCAAUGCACACUUUGGCUCCACUUUUGUACCACCUGUAGUAAAAACGUUGAAGGGAUAGUUUGAGAAAAGAAGAAGAAUAUCAGAGAAGCAUCAAAAGACUCAAGGAGCCAGGGCCCUUUAGACUCUGCUAUGAAUACACUACACGGCCUUUUUGUGUGUAAUAUAUACAUAGAUUGCCUUACAUAUCAAAGCAUUUAUACACAACAGGCUAUUUCAGUCGCUACUGCUGUACACGUCAUAGUGCCUAUAGCAACGUCACAUCUAGAGCAAUCAGACUGUUUAGAUUUUUAGCUUCGAUACUUUAGAGUUUUUGUUCAUUUUUGUGUGUAAGGUUGGGACGUUUUGGUCUGUGGCCGCUGCCAUGGGAUGUUUUAUUUCUGAUGUUUUGUAUUCUGCAGCUCACAGUUGUAUCUCUGAGAUCCUUAAGGAAGCACCGGCGCCCUCUCACUCCUUUCCUCCCUCUCUCAAACGCUAAGGAAACUCGUCUUCAAACACCUUGCGAUGAACGGAAAACUUUAAAUGGACUGAUUUGCCAAGAUAAUAAACAGAUACUCGUCUGCUUAUGUGACAUGUACCAGUGUAAAUCAGCUGUAUAGACAAAAAACAGUUUGCACUCUGAAGUCUUACAAUGCACUCCUGGAUGUAUGUGUUCCCCUAUCUGCGCUGGUGUCUCUGUACCAUAUAAGAUAGUUCUGAUUUACACACACGUACAGUAUAGGAGGAUGCUAAGGUUAUUAUUUUAUUAUUUAUAUGCAGAACUAAAACUUCUAAAGACGACCGUUUUAGCCCGUCUCUAUUUCUGGCCAACAGUGUACUACGACACUUUAUGCACAAAUAAGUUUCUUGUCAGUGCAUUAACAUAACUAAUGAAUGUAUUUCAUGUAUACAUUUUGAGUGUCACCUGUAUAACUGAGUCAUUUCAUGGCUGCUUAGAGGCCUUUUGAUGAAAAGACAUAUUUUACAUACAUCAUAGAUAACAUAUAUUUAUUUUUCCUUUGGGCUUUGGAGAACUUAAAUGAUCGUGUUACUUUGUUUGGACAUGAACAUGCCACAUGUCCCGUUUGUGAAAAACCCCACAAUGGUGAAGAGAAUAACUCUCGCACUGAAGUGUGUGCCCAGUUUGCAGUCAGAAGGGGAAAAAUUAGCUUUUGUUUUUUUGCGAGUUAGGAUUUAUGAUAGAUAUUGAUAGGAGCAAAGCAAAUCAUUUAUUUUUCCUCACUCAAGACAGUCAUGUGUGAUGCGCUGAUCCCAGACAGUUCUGUCUCUCGAUGCCUUUUCCAGAUCACACCCUCCACCCUGUAGUUAAUGUCAUGUCUCACUUUGUCGGAGGCAGAGCAGUAUUUUUUUGCCGCUGACGCCUCUGAAGUGAAAACUUGUAGCUGUGGUCCACACGGGGGGCAGCUGAUGGUACGGAGCUGGAUGGAGAUCAUUACUUUCCACGUGACUGAGUGUCUUCUGACUGAACCUUGUGUUUCAAUACAGAAUAAACAGAUUAUUUUAAAGAGAA